AUUUAGCCUAUGUUUCUUUUCCAAUUCUUUGUUUCUUCCAUUAAGAAAAGACAUGCAAAUUUCUCUGGUUUGGUUUCGGGAGUGCGGUGUGGAGAGUGAGACGGGAGAGUGAUUCUGAAGAUUAGGAGUUGAGCAAUGGCAGGAGAAGAGCCGGUCGAAAUCGAAAUUCGCACGCUAAUGGGUGAAUCCACCAUUGUUAGCAUAUCGAGAAAUAAGACCGUCGAAGACUUGAAGUACUUCCUGGUUCUCGACUUCUCUCCGGCUUCUACUUCCCCAAAUUUCAAUCUCUUCUUCAAGGGAGUUAGAUUAAACUUGAGUAGUCCAUUAUCUACACUUGAGAUUCAGGCUGGUGAAUUUGUUGUACUAAUUCCAUUUGCAAAGAAGGAGAGGAAACCGGCUUCAAAACCUGGUCCCCUUGGGGAUAUGAUGCCCAAACAAAGCUCCAUCUCACGGUUUGCAGAUGCUGCAUAUUCAGAUAUGAUGCAAGAUUUGUCAUCGAUGAUUGAUGAACCAAGCAAUGCCCGCGGCAAGCAUGGUUGUGAGGCUACUGAUAGUAGUUUCCCCAGACACAAACGGAAAAGGAAUCUGGACGUGUAUGGCGGGAACCUUGUAGAGGAUGGGGUAGUGUAUGAUUUUCUAUCGAUUGUGUUGAGGUCUCCAAACAAGAAAAUCACUGAGGGGGUGCACUGUGAGAAGUUUGUGAAGGUUUUGGAAUCAAUCAGUUGUUUGUCCGUUCCACAUUCCGGGAUGUGCAUGUUGUUGGCUGCUUCAGCUAAUGGUGACAGAGAGUACAGAGACAAGCCAGUUCAGUGUUUAUGUCCAGCAUGGCUUAGAAGAAUUAUGGAGGCGUUUGCUUUCAUUAAUAUCCUUUCUUCCUUUCUUCAUCUGCAAAAAGAAGAAAUUACUUCUGGUUGUUUGAAGGAGGCAUUGAUGCAGCUCAAAAUGUAUGGGUGCGGGGUUUGUUUUGAGGAUGUAAAGCGUCUUUCUGUCCUUUGUCCUAAGGGCAGAUACUAAUCUUCACAGAUAGCACCAAGCUGGAAAAUUCUCCUGGGGCCAUUGUUGUCAUUGAUGAUGAAAGCGAACAGAGGAAUGGGAUUGGAUUUGGAAAGUACCUUAUAAGCAAUAUGUGUUGGUGACUUCUGCAGUUUUUCAUGUCUCUUAAUGUUUUGGUCUUCCAGAAGAUCAAUUUAUUUUGUUUGUUUGCAGGUCGAAAAGGCGUAUCUUUGUCAAGGAUGUUUAGUGCAGUUAGAAAACGGGACAUUUUGUUCAAAACGUAUGUUUGUGAAGCAGUUAGAAAAUUGAUGGGAAAAAGUGGUAAUGCACUCCAGGUUUUGUUUUCCUUGGAUGAUUUACUAACAUUUGUGAAGAAAGCCGGGAUUACAUGGAGUGGCAAUCUUCCGGAAUCUUCAAAGAAAUGCUUUACGUCAUCUUCAAGUUCUCGCUCAAGUCAAGCACGAUGCUCUGAGAGGGAUCAGUUGUUGCCGAUCGAAAUGGUCCAACAUCUACUAAAAGGGAUGGGUUCCAAUGGGCAGAUGGUGCACGUUGAAGAAAUUAGAGCAAGAAAAGCUCAGUAUGCAGAUAUUCCUGAUGAACUCUCAACAAAUACAAAAUCUGCGCUAGAAUGUAUGGGAAUCAACAAAUUGUAUACCCAUCAGGCCGAAUCCAUCAUGGCCUCCCUGAAGGGGAGAAAUGUUGUGGUGGCAACAAUGACAUCCAGCGGAAAAUCUCUUUGCUACAAUGUGCCUGUUUUGGAAGCAUUGUCCCAGAAUUUGCAGGCAUGUGCUUUAUACUUGUUUCCGACUAAGGCAUUAGCUCAAGAUCAAUUGAGAGCAUUGCUAGCUAUGAAGAAAGCAUAUGACACAGACAUAAAUAUUGGUGUUUAUGAUGGCGACACUUGCCACGAGGAAAGAAUGUUGCAUCGCUCUGAUGCUAGACUGUUGAUUACAAAUCCAGACAUGUUACACUUGUCAAUUUUACCAUAUCAUGGGCAAUUUAGUAGGAUUCUAACAAAUCUUAGGUUUGUGGUCAUUGAUGAAGCUCAUAUGUAUAAGGGAGCACUUGGAUGCCAUACUGCUCUCAUACUUAGAAGACUCCGGCGCCUUUGUUCUCAUGUAUAUGGCACGGAUCCUUCGUUUGUAUUUUCCACAGCAACGUCUGCCAAUCCUAGGGAGCAUUGCAUGGAGCUUGCAAAUCUCUCAACAUUGGAGCUUAUAGAAAAUGAUAGGAGCCCCUCCUCUGAAAAGCAAUUUAUCCUUUGGAAUCCUUCUUCCCUUAAAUCUGUGCAAAAUGAAACUGGUAGAGAUAUCAAUGGCUCUGCAGACAAAAGCAUAAGUCCAAUCUUCACAGUUGCAUGCCUUUUUGCUGAGAUGGUUCAACAUGGACUUCGGUGUAUUGCUUUUUGCAAAUCACGCAAGCUCACUGAACUUGUUCUCUCCUAUACACGUGAGAUUCUCCAAGAGACAGCUCCCAACCUCAUAGAUAAAAUAUCUGCAUACCGAGCUGGCUAUAUACCUGAGGAACGGAGGAAAAUUGAAAGAGAUUUCUUCAGUGGUGAGCUUUGUGGCAUUGCUGCAACAAAUGCUCUAGAGUUGGGUAUUGAUGUUGGACAUAUAGAUGCCACACUACACCUAGGCUUUCCUGGUAGCAUUGCUAGCCUGUGGCAGCAAGCAGGCAGGUCAGGCAGAAGAGAAAAGGCUUCUCUUGCUGUGUAUGUUGCUUUCGAAGGCCCUCUAGAUCAAUAUUUCAUGAAAUAUCCUAGAAAGCUCUUUGGUAGUCCAAUUGAGUGCUGUCAUAUUGACGCUCAGAACCUGCAGUAUUCUCUAUUUAGGUAGUUGAACAGCAUCUCGCAUGUGCUGCUUUUGAACAUCCAUUGAGUUUGAAGUAUGAUGAGAACCAUUUUGGACUUGCGCUAAGUACGGCCUUGGUGUCGCUUAAAAAUAAAGGAUCCAUAACUUGCAAUUUGACCCAUGAUGAUUCUGCCAGAAUAUGGAGCUAUAUCGGGAAAGAGAAAAUGCCUUCACGUGGAAUAAGUAUUCGAGCUAUAGAAACUGUCAGGUAUAAAGUGAUAGAUACUAGACAGAAUGACCUUCUCGAGGAGAUAGAGGAAAGCAAGGCUUUCUUUCAGGUGUAUGAAGGUGCAGUCUAUCUGCACCAGGGGAAGUCUUAUCUAGUUAAAGAGCUCAAUAUAUCGGAAAAGAUUGCUUGGUGCCAGCAAGCUCAUGUGAACUAUUAUACCAAAACUCGAGAUUACACGGAUGUCCAUGUUAUGGGAGGUGAUACUGCCUAUCCAGUCAUGUCCUGCAACCAGAAUAAAAGAACGACGGCUCAAGCACGUUCUUGCACAGUAACAACCACUUGGUUUGGAUUCCGUCGUAUGGCAAGAGGAAGCAACAGAGUCUUGGAUACAAUUGACCUUUCACUGCCCAGUUACUCCUACGAGUCACAGGCUGCGUGGAUCGGAGUUCCUCAAUCACUUAAAAAAUCGGUGGAGGACAUGGGUUUCUCGUUCCAAGGGGGAUUGCAUGCUGCUUCUCAUGCUCUUCUUAAUGUAGUGCCUUUAUAUGUACGGUGCAAUUACUCUGACUUGGCUCCAGAGUGCCCAAACCUGCAUGAUAAUCGCUAUUUCCCUGAAAGAAUUCUAGUAUAUGAACAGCAUCCCGGUGGCACUGGUGUCUCAAAGCAGGUACAACCUUAUUUCAGUGAGCUUCUGAAUGCAGCAUUAGAGCUCCUCACUUCUUGUAGCUGCCAUGGGUACACAGGUUGUCCUAAUUGCGUUCAGAGCGUAGUGUGUCACGAGUACAAUGAGGUGAUCCACAAAGAGGCAGCCAUUAUGAUCAUUAAGGGUGUUUUGGUUGCGGAGAAGUCCUACUUUGCUGAACUUGACAAUUGCUCUUGAAAGAGAUCCAUCCAGUUAGUCACCUACUUUCAAACCGACGUGGCAGUUACUUCCUUGUGUAAUUGCAAUGGAUUUGGCGACGCCGGCCAAUUUUACAGAUUGCGAAGUUUGCAAAAAAAAAGUUUAUGAUGUAUGCCACAAUUAUUAUGGCACUUUCCUACUACUUUCAAGAAAGUAGAUAGAAAGAUUUGGAUUUUUUUUUGUGUGUACUUUGGAUUUUUAAAAGUCAAAUCAUUUGUUUGAUGAAUUCAUGAGAUAAUUUUCAAAUACAUGUUUAUGUCUAGUG